AUGAUGGUGCAUUGUGCAGGCUGCGAGCGGCCCAUCUUGGACAGGUUUCUGCUGAACGUGCUGGACAGGGCAUGGCACAUUAAAUGUGUCCAGUGCUGCGAAUGCAAGUGCAACCUGACUGAGAAAUGCUUCUCCAGGGAAGGCAAGCUUUAUUGCAAAAAUGACUUUUUCAGGAGGUUCGGUACCAAAUGCGCAGGCUGCUCCCAAGGCAUCUCUCCAAGCGACCUCGUCAGGAAAGCCCGAAACAAAGUCUUUCACCUGAACUGUUUCACGUGCAUGGUUUGCAACAAACAGCUCUCCACGGGAGAGGAACUUUAUAUCAUAGACGAAAACAAAUUUGUUUGCAAAGAGGACUAUUUGAACUCGCCCAGCUUAAAGGAAGGGAGCCUCAACUCAGUGUCCUCCUGUACAGACAGAAGUUUGUCCCCGGAUCUCCAGGACCCCAUGCAGGAUGAUACAAAAGAAACAGACAACUCCACCUCCUCGGACAAAGAGACCACCAACAACGAGAACGAGGAACAGAACUCGGGCACCAAGAGGAGGGGACCUCGGACUACAAUUAAAGCCAAGCAACUGGAGACUCUCAAGGCUGCCUUUGCUGCUACCCCCAAACCUACCAGGCACAUCCGGGAACAGCUGGCCCAGGAGACGGGGCUCAACAUGAGAGUGAUCCAGGUUUGGUUCCAGAAUCGAAGGUCCAAAGAGAGGAGAAUGAAACAGCUGAGCGCGCUGGGGGCCAGGAGGCAUGCCUUCUUCAGGAGUCCUCGGCGCAUGCGCCCUCUGGGAGGCAGGCUGGAUGAAUCUGAAAUGUUGGGUUCUACCCCUUACACUUAUUAUGGAGAUUACCAAGGCGACUACUACGGGCCAAGCGGGAACUACGAUUUUUUCCCCCACGGGCCUCCCUCGCAAGCCCAGUCCCCAGCAGACUCCAGCUACCUUCCGACCUCAGGGCCCGGCUCCACGCCCCUGGGGCCCCUGGAGCCCCCGCUCCCCGGACACCACUCCUCCGAAAACCAAAGGUACACCGACAUGAUCUCGCACCCCGACACCCCGAGCCCCGAGCCGGGCCUGACCGGCUCGCUGCACCCCAUCCCCGGCGAGGUCUUCAGCGGCGGCCCCAGCCCCCCUUUCUCCAUGUCCAGCAACAGCGGCUACAGCGGCCCCCUCUCGCAUCCAAACCAGGAGCUGAACGAGGCAGCGGUGUGGUAG